AAAAUUAAAAGGCAUUAUUAACUAAAAAAGCAAAGUUAAUACAUAAAUAUAAAUUCUGUUUCUCAUCAUUCUAGUGUAGAGAUAAAAUAAAAAUUGGAAAAAUAAUCCUUGAAAUAUUAAAUGCGUAUCUAAAUAAAAAGUUCAUUCGUACAUAAUAACCAGAAUGUAGCGAACAAGAAUAAAUUCCUGCCACAAUAUCUUUCAAACGCAAAAACAGGAUUACUCAUCAGUUUGUUUGUGCAACAACAACAAUUCCGUCACCUUUAGCUAAGUAGCUUCCCCAAACAGGGCAAAAGAAUGUGCACUUCAAAAUAUUAUUAAGAAUGCUUGGUUAUAUGUUUAACACAAUUCAAUUUAUUUGACAAUAUAUGUGAGAAAUUGGCGAUUGUUUUUUAAGUGUGCUAGAACGUACUCGAGAAGUAAGUUGCAUUGUUUUUAAAUUAAUACAAGAUUCCUUUUUGAUAAUUGGAAGCGCAAUAUGACGGAACGUAAAUUUACUCGAGCUUUAAAUAAGCCGGGUAUGGCAGCGCAAUUGCGUGAAAGUGUUUCGCAAGUAGUUAGAGAGAGUGCAGUGUUGAUGAAAUAUCCAUUAAAACAGCGAUGCAGUAAUUAUGGGAACAAGCCUUUAGUCGUUGAACCUAUUGAUUUUGAAGAAUUUGUAUCGAAAAAUAAAACACUCAUACAAAAUGAUCCGCAUAGAGAAUUACUUAUGUAUCCGAAUGAUGAUGUCUCGGAAAUUAUUUUGCCUCGAAAACAGCGCACAAAUUUUAGAUCGGUCACGGAACGUUUCGAUCCGCCCAAUGAGGCUAUCAUAUGUCCAUUGCAUGGUUCAAAUGGUAACGUGCCGACUAACGGCUCAAGUUAUUACAAUAUCAGCCAACAAUCUAGUCCUCGCACCACACACCGACAGUUCAGUUUACCCGCGACAAACACAUCGAAUUGUAAUUUACGAAACGGUGAUUUAUCGCGUAAGAGCUCACAAACUUCAGCGAAUCUUUGUGUUAUCAAGUCACCGACAAAUUCCCAAGAUUCUUAUGAAUCUGCUGUUUCCUUAAUCGGCGAUAACAAGUCGCAAUCAUCUUCUACAUCCACCCUAAAAUCGAGUAAUUUAGCGCAACCGGAAGAAGAUUACGAUCUCGAUAAUGUCGAUGAUUUGCUAGAGAACCAAAGUGGGCUAAUACAAUCGGGAUUCAAGGCAGAAUGCUCCCGUUUUACCAGACAAGCAUUGUAUACGUACCGAGCAAGAAAUCACUUAAUACACUAUAAAUACAGUGCUUAUGGAGGUUCCUGCCACGACCUGCCAAAACUAAGUCCCUCCGAUGUAUUGCGAGAAGAAGUCUAUGAAAUUGAUGCCGAUCAAGAUCGCAUAGAUGAGCAAAUGACCAGAUCGCAAGCGGAUACUAUAACAAAACAAGGCUAUUUAUUGAAAGGUCCAGAUUCGAUAUCCGAUCGCAUGUUUGCCAACAUAGGCAAUAAAUCUUUUAAAAGAAGAUAUUGUUAUUUACGCCAAGAAGUGGAUGGUACUUAUAUACUGGAACUGCAUAAAGAUGAAAAGCAAGGCGAAGCCAAAGCUACAAUUGUUAUGGAUUUCUGCACCGAAGUCGUUCAAAAUCCCAAACGUGGUCGUUUCUGUUUUGAAUUGCGUAUGACCGCCGGUCACAAAUCUUUCACUUUGGCUGCCGAAAAUGAAGAAGAUUUUAAAGAUUGGCUGAGUAAAUUAUCUUCUGUAUUGCAACAAAAUAAAAUACAGGAAGAUAAACGCAACGCUUCCUUAGAAAGAGCACUGCCUCCAACAUCCAACACAAUCAUAUUUGGUACUCUCAAGGGUCUCGAACAAUCGAUGAAUCCGCAGUUAAUAAAAUAUGGCCGUGAGACUGAUAUUUCCAUUGCCCAGGCACGCCGCGAAAAUCGUCGUCGCUUGUUUGCGAAUUUUCAAUCAACGUCCAAAGCUACGUCAAUCGAGAAUGUAGAUCAAUAUCGGGAACAUUUUGGUAAACGCAUAUUUAUAGCUUGUCGUAGCUUACGCUUUCGUUUACAAUGCGUCACUGAUGGGACAUCGGGCGGUGAUCAUCUCUGUCAAGUCGAACCCUAUAUAACUAGUCUAGCUCUGUAUGAUGUACGCGCAGGACGCAAACUUACAGAAUCGUUUUAUUUCAAUAUCAACGGUGAACAUGUCAGAAACAUGUUACCUAAUACGCCAGUGCCGCCUUCUGUGGCUUUCAGUCAAAUACCUAAGAAAGAUCCCCACGACGACAAGACACGCCAAACCGCGAAAGCAUAUAAUUCAUUGUUUGAAAACCUUCCGAGCGAGUUAUUGCGUUGUCCUGCUGAUCCCUUUGUUCAGCUUAGGCAUGCAAUAUUUCCAGUGACUGCUGUGCAUCCUGAUAUCUUUUUAGUAUUAAAAAUCGAAAAAAUACUACAGGGGAACAUAGUGCAAGCAGCUGAACCAUAUUUAAAGCCGAAUCGGGAUCCUAAGGUUGCCCAAAAGUUGCACAAAACUGUAAAAAAUUAUGCCCAAAAUAUCGGUCAUUAUCGUCAACCAUUUGCAUGGUCAGCGCGACCGCUAUUCACACUGUACAGCAAUGAAUUGGAUACGGAAAACGACGAAUUCGAAUUCAGCGCUAUAUACAGGCAAGAGGUAAAUAAGUUAAAGGAUGAGGAGCUGUUGAAACUAUUAGCAGAGUAUAGGAAACCUGACAAGUUGAGUAAACUGACCAUAAUUCCGGGAAAUUUGAAGUUAAUCAUUGAAGAAGUGGAAAAUGUUCAGGGAACGUUUACGAAAUCUCUGGUUCCUUUGUCCAAUGUAACCUUUCCUCUUAAAAUGGCCACUUUGGAAAUGACUGAAUUUCAAAGCAAUUACAAACGUGAUUGCCAUCCUUUCAUCAAUUUUUGCAGUCACCUAUUUGUGUAUCCAUUGAGUUUGCAGUUUGAUAGCCAAAAAAUCUUUUCACGAGCUCGCAAUAUAACAGUGAUAGUAGAGCUGAGAGAUUCCGAUAACGAGCAAUCAAAACCUUUGAAGUGCAUUUACGGUCGCCCUGGUCACGAUUUCUUAGUUUCACACAUUGCUUGCCCUGUCUUACAUCACAACACCUUUCCCACUUGGUAUGAGGAGAUAAAAUUACGCCUUCCACUGGGCAUAUUUUCCGAACACCAUUUACUAUUCUCAUUCUAUCAUGUCUCCUGCAACUUGGGCAAGAAACGCGAUACAAAUGCUUCUUUCGAGACACCUAUCGGUUAUGCUUGGCUGCCAUUGUUGCACAAAGGCAAGAUAAACUUAGACGAACAGGCGAUACCUGUAGCCGCUAAUUUGCCGGUUGGAUAUCUUAGUGUCAAACCGUUAGGUUUGGGACGAGGGCAGUAUUGUGGACCAGACAUACAAUGGAUCGACAAUCAGCGCCCAAUUUUCAGUGUAGCACUUCGGAUGGAUUCUACGGUUCACACUAGUGAUCAACACUUGCACAAUUACUUUGUGCAUUCUGAGCGAUUAUUGGAAGGCGGUAAAACUACAGCUAUGCCGGCCGAAAGUGAAACGUGUAAAAUUCUUAAAGCGGUUCACGCUAUUGACAUAACCACAUUGAUUAACUACCUGCCUACUUUACUGAAUGAGCUUUUCACUUUGUUAGUUCAUACACAAUCGGAAGAAGUAGGUUUGAACAUAAUCCGUUUACUCAUUAAUGUUAUUCAUAUGAUAACAGAAGAAGCCGGGCGAAAAGAAUUACUCGCGUCUUACGUGACCUAUGUCUUCCACGCUCCGUAUUAUAAUCAGAGAACUACGCGCACAGUACACGGUGAAUUGUGUCGUCACCUGCCCACUAUACUGAAUCCUAACAAUACCGAUUUCCUGGUAGUUCAUAAAUUUAUGCGUUACUCAGAGAUAUUUUUCGAUUUAAUUAUCAAGAGUAUGGCACAACAUCUAUUAGAUACGCGACGUAUACGGAUGCUAAGAAAUGAGCGUUUUCCUAAAGAGUACCAUGAACGAGUGCAAAAUCUUAUAAGAGUGUUAAUACCGUAUCUGAUAGCACGUUAUAAAGAUUUGCCGGUGGAGACGCAGCACUUAAACAAGUCGAUGUCGCAAUUUGUUAAACGUUGCCUAACAUUCAUGGAUCGUGGAUUUGUGUUUAAAUUGAUAAGAUAUAUUUUAGAACAAUUUUCUCCGGGAGAUGCUAGAACUUUACAAGAAUUCAAAUUCAAUUUCCUGCGCGAAAUAUGCCAACAUGAGCAUUACGUUCCUUUGAAUCUGCCAUUUGUUCUCAAUCCUAAGAACAGGCCACCAGAAAUGAUGCAACAUUUCAAUUUGACUGAAGAAUUUUGCCGACAACAUUUCCUCUCCGGCCUAUUACUGCAAGAAUUGAAAAGUAGUUUAAAUGAAAUUGGCCACGUAAGGCGUCACGCUUUGUCUAUAUAUAAAAAUUUAUUGGCCAAACAUGAGCUAGACGAACGCUAUCAAAAUCGGGGACAACUGUCUCGUAUCGCUUUAUUAUAUGUACCCUGGUUGGGCAUAGUUAUGGAUAAUAUGCAAAGAAUCGAUGAUCUGUCAGAGGUGACUACACCUAACGGUCAUGUUUAUGCUGACUCAGCUUCUUACACUCAGCGUUUGUCAUGCUCAAGCAGUUAUGUGUUCGCUAAAGAUCAGAGUUUUAAUACUGGAGCUUCAACGCCGCAAUCAAAGAAUCGGACUGCGUCCCACAUGGAACAUCCUAGUCCUUUAAGAUCUUCGGUACACUUGAGAGAAAGCAAUUAUUUAGCUGCCAUUUCCAAUUCAGCAAUAACUAACGGCGUUUCGGAGACUUCACUAAAUUCGCUCACUUCUAACUCUCAGAAUUCUCAAGAUACCACUUUCGUACCCUGUACUGCGAAUGGAUUUGCUGAGAAUAGUGAAGUGGCCUUACGCAGUGGUCAUAAUCGAUCGAUAAGCGUGACGCAUGCACAAACAAUGAUUCGAUGUGACAAGUUCUCUUCAUCAGAAAGCAGGGAUCUGCUUUUCGGCUUCCUGUUCGUCAUUAAGCAUUUAUCGCAUGAUCAAAUGAUUGGUUGGUGGCAAAAUUGCAACGAAACGGAAAUUUUGCAUUUCAUGACAAUUUUAGAACUAUGCUUAAUACAAUUUCGUUACGUAGGUAAGAAAAACCUAAGUUUGCACGAAGACAGUCGAGAAAUACGUUCUUUUCGUGCGGCCAAGGCAAGCACUUUACCUGCUCGCACGUCGCCGCCUAAUCUAGAAAACGGGCAGACCAUACACGAAACGGGUACCUUAAAUUUAGCACAAAAUCGCGAAAAUUUACUUGACGAAGCGGCUCGCAAUCAACGCGCUUUAUAUGAAUCGAAUCUGGCCACGGAAAUCGGUAUGAUAAUUUUGGAUUGCUUGGGUCUCUAUGCGGUGGAGUUCCGUCAAAAACUCAAUGAUAGUUUGAUAUUGCCGAAAUUGGCUCGAGUUUAUUUGAAGUUCCUGCAAUUAGGGCAAUCCGAAAGUCUAUCAAAACAUGUUUUCGCUGCUUUGCGGGCUUUCAUCAAUAACUUCUCGCCGGCCCUGUUUAAAGGCAACGCUGUAUUGUGCGGCCAUAUGGUUUACGAAUUACUAAAAGCUUGUGAUAGUCGCUUGGUGCAGAUAAGACAUGAAUCGUGCGCUGUUUUAUACCUGCUCAUGCGCAGUAAUUUUGAAUUUAGUGGACGCAAAGGUUUAACUAGAGUACACUUGCAAGUCAUUAUAUCCGUUUCUCAAAUGAUAGGCAAUGUUAUUGGCUUGAAUAAUGCACGUUUCCAAGAGAGUCUCUCGUUAAUUAACAGUUACGCAACCAGUGAUAAGGCCAUGAAAGGUACCGGUUUUCCCGUAGAAGUCAAAGAUCUGACUCGCCGCGUAAGAACAGUAUUAAUGGCUACUGCUCAAAUGCAGGCCCAUCAUAUGGAUCCUGAGCGAUUGCUGGAACUUCAGUAUUCCUUAGCCAAUUCAUAUGCUUCCACUCCUGAGCUAAGGCAUACAUGGUUAAUUACCAUGGCUAGAAAUCACGAACAAAAUGGUAACAUUUCCGAAGCUGCAUGUUGCCAUCUGCACAUAGCUGCUUUGAUGUCAGAAUAUUUACGUUUGAAAGGGGGAUGCUCUAUUAGUUGGGGUUCAACGGCUUUCACCAAAAUUUCUCGCAAUAUACCUCGCGAUGAACAGGGCUUGAAACUUGAUGCUGGUUCGCAAGAUUCCCAGUACACAGAACAAAUGUUGUUAGAACAACUUAAACAAAGCGCGGUUUUCCUCGAUAAUGCCGAACGUUAUGAAUGCCUCGGCGAAUUAUAUAAAUUGAUAUUGCCCUUGCUUGAAAAGACCCGCAAUUACAAUGACCUGCAAGAGUCGUACGAACAUCUAGCGAAAGCUUACGGUAAAAUUAUUGAAGUUAAUCGUUCUGGAAAACGCUUGCUUGGCAGAUUUUAUCGCGUCGUUUUCUACGGCAUGAUAUACUUUGAAGAGGAUCAUUCCAUUGAAUAUGUCUACAAGGAACCGAAGUUAACUUCCCUAAGUGAGAUCUCCGAACGUCUGGCCAAGCAAUAUAAGGACAAAUUCGGUGCUGAUGUCGUUAAACUUAUUAUGGAUUCAUCGCCGGUUGACGUACAAGAACUGGACGCGAAACUGGCCUACAUUCAAGUAACACAUGUGGUACCGUUUUUCUCUAAAGAGGAACUUGAUCAGCGUUUAAACGAAUUUGAACAGAAUCACGAUGUUGACACGUUCAUGUAUGAGACUCCGUUCACAAAAUCAGGUUCUGCCAGAGGCACUGUCGAAGAGCAAUGGAAACGAAAAACUGUUAUUAAAACUUCUUACUCAUUUCCUUACGUAUUGAAACGUAUACCGGUAAAAUCACGUGAAAUUAUCGAACUGAGUCCUAUUGAAGUCGCCAUAGAUGAAAUGCAAACUAAAGUUUCCGAACUGGAAGAAGUCAUCCUUCCGCCAGCAGAUGUUAAAAAAUUGCAAUUGCGUUUGCAGGGAAGCGUGGCUGUUACAGUAAACGCCGGUCCUUUGGCCUACGCUCAAGCAUUCCUGGAUCCCAAGGUGGUUAAUAACUUUUCAACAGAUCGCGUAGAGGAUCUUAAAGAUGUAUUUAGAGAUUUUAUUGGAGUUUGUCAUACUGCCUUGCAAUUAAAUUCGCGUAUGAUUAGCUCAGAUCAGAAGGAGUACCAUAACGUUUUAAAGGAAAAUUAUCAAAGAAUGUGUCAGGCUUUAAGUGAUCUGUUAGAAGAACCUUUUCAGCCAUUAGACGACAUUGGGAAUAACUCGACAACACAACGCAAUAGUAUGGCUUUGUUUAAUGCCAUUAGCGGAGCUUCAAAUCAUUCAAGUACUGCCUAAAAACACGUUAUCAAAAAAUGAUGUUUUGUUUCUGCUGCUUAUUAGAGUACACGGUAUAUCACGAAUAAUCUUGACAGUUCUAACUAUAUAACUCUUCUUAUAAACACACCAAAAAUUUGAGAAUGUUCUCCCAAAAACAACAAUCGCACCUGCUUUUUACAACAAUAAGACCCAUAACAU